GUUUUGGUGCAGAAGUUUCGCUGAGGACCUGCUGAUGCCCCAGGUGGAUGGCCGGCGACCCCUGGAAGAUAUAGAGGAUCCUCAGAGGGUUUCUGAUCACCCAGCUUGGAUUUAAACCCACCAGGAAGGAAAAGCUGCCCUCCCAGGGGGCAAAAGGAACUCACUAGGAAUUUAACAUGACCCUGCUGCCGUUUGUUUUGUGUACCUGGCUGGCCACAGGAUGCCUGUCUGCACUCAUCACCGUACAGGACACCGAGAAGCACGCGAUGCUGUUCUCCACGGUCAUCCUGAAAUGCGAUUACAGCACCUCGGCUCAGAUACAAGACGUUUUAGUCACUUGGCUUUUCAAGUCCUUCUGCAAAGACCCGAUUUUUGACUACUAUUCAGCCGAUUAUCAGGCGGGAUUACAGCUCGGUCAGGACCCUUCCAACGACUGUAAUGAUAACCAGCGGACGGUGCGUAUCGUCGUACAGAAGCAGGGGCAGAAUGAACCGAUGCUGGGCAUGGAUUACCGGCAACGCAAAAUCACCAUUCAAAACAAGGCAGACCUGGUGAUCAGUGAGGUGAUGUGGUGGGACCAUGGCGUGUAUUUCUGCAGCCUGCAAGCCCGAGGCGACACGUCGGGCGACAUGGACAAAGAAGUCAAGAUGAUUGUGCUCCAUUGGCUGACGGUCCUGUUCAUCGUUCUGGGAGGGCUGCUGCUUAUACUGCUCCUCAGUAUAUGUUGGUGCCAGUGUUGUCCUCAGUGCUGCUGCUGCUAUGUCCAGUGCCCAUGCUGCCCAACCAGGUGCUGCUGCCCAGAAAAAGCCAUUGCCCGGCACCGGUACAUGAAGCAAGCGGAGGCUCUUUUUCCUUGGGUUGUGGAUCAGCCGAUGUACGCAGGAGCGGCAAACUCCAAAAGUUCUUCUUACCAGCUCAACCCGUUGCUUCAGCAAGAUAUUUCAUUGCAGAACAGCUUGCCGGUGAUGAGGCAAGCGAGUUACCCCCCGUCCACUAACAGAGUCCUCGAUUUCUUGGAGACAGAAAUAAAAAACCUUAACACAGUACAGCCUGCUGGCAGCCAUUAUGGCGGCGGACAUCAGCAAAGUGUGCUGUCAUCGCUAGGGGACAUCGGAGUGCGGAAUGUAGAACGUAGGGUCAUCCAACUUCCUCCAAUAGAACACAUUAUCGGUUCCCAAAGAACCAGUAACUCAUCCCAACAACGGAGGAAUAUGAACUCGUGGGAUCCACUGGAAGGCGAUAGAGACAGACGGAGGAACAGAUCUCUGGAAGACAGCUAUUCCACGGAGAUGGAUUGGAGAGAGCAAGACAGACAUCGCAAUGAAAGGGCUCAUGGAUAUAGGAGGGAGACUCCGAGCGGUGGCCGUACAAGAAGGGAUCCAUCUCCUUACCGUCGACACGAUCGUGAUUAUCAUAGUGAUGAUUCCAUUUAUGACGACCGUCGUGGUCGUUCCAACGUCUCUUCGGCGAGAACCCAGAACCCUAAUAGAAGGGCUUCUCCAGAGAGAGGAGAGCAGAGGUCAGGAAGGAGCCCGGACCGCCAUUCAAGACAACAACAACGCAGAAGGAGCCUUUCUCCACCCCACCGACGAGGCUCAUGGAGCUCGGAAGAUGAGCGAGAGCAUCCCCGAGGUCGAAGGGAAAGACGAGAUUAUGAAUGGCCCGAGAAGCCACCCAGCUACAAGUCUAUUGAUGUCACCGUAGGAAAGAGUUCAGCUCACCGGCCAGGAACUGGGAGACAGUCUGAUCGGGCUAGUUCCAGGAGCGGAAGGAGUAUGGUCAUUUAACAAGAAAUGAAAGCGCAGCAUGUGGACUCCAGUUGGCCACAACCCAUUCCUAGAGUGGACUGCAAUGAUAGGAGUUGGGGGUCCACAGCAGCUGGAGGUUAAUUGAGCGAUGUUUUUACCCUUCUGGAGCUGUCGGUUAUCUUAGCCCAAAAUUGCUCAUGUUUGUGUUCAGACGGGGUAAAGCUGGCAUCUGGGCUGUCACGAGAACUCAUCAACAAAUCAAAUUUUAGUAAAAUUGGCAACACUGUCAUUUUUUGGGAGGGCUUAACAGAACAGUAAUUUUUUCCUGAUCUGAGAGAUCAUCCAACAAGCAAACAUUAU